AUGCCAGAGAAGUUCUCAUCUAAUUGUGAGUGUUCUAACUGUCUCCAGGAUGCUGAGAGUAAAUCUGAUUGGAAUUCCUCUUUCAAUAAGAAAGGUGAUGGCCUCUUCUAUUCAAAAUCAAGCAAUAAGUCCAUGCUGUCUCGUCACACACAACAUACUCUUUCUCAAUGUUGUCCCAACAGGAUGGAGAAUGACAAGAAGGAAGACUUCAUGUUUCCCCACCCAGAGGAAAAAAGUUCUGUGGGGUCUCUUCAAAAAAAUUAUCUUACCUGGAGUCCAGAAGACUUUAAAAGUAAAAUGAAGCCAUUGAGAGAGCUGACUAUCCAGGACUUACUGAAUGAGUUUGGAAACAGUGUAAAGUUCCAACCAAACUACAUAUCGCUGGGUAUAUUCAGAGAUCAUAUGGUCAUGAAGUUCAGAAGAGCACUGUACUACUCUGGAAUCUGGGUAAAAUAUGUCCAAGGCUGCAAACUUAAAAAACACCUUUCAGCUCAUUAUUUCAAGACAAAUCCUAAGAGCCUACAUCGGCUGGUUCCCUGGCUGAAACGGGAAUUAACAGCCGUUUAUGGAGAUUAUGGCUACACCGUGAAGAAUAUUCUAGCGGCCAUUCUCCAUCAUAUGACAAAAUAUGACUUGGACAGUGAGUCUUUUAUUCACCUCCUGGAGCCUUAUCUCCUACAACAUACAUACCAUUUCCUGCAUGAGUUUAUCAGUUUUGUUCAUUCACAUUAUAACAUGGAAACCUAUGACCAGAGAGCCAUCUAUCAAUGUCUUUCUGCUCCAAUAAUGGUGAACAGUAAGCCAGCUCCCUCAGGUCCCUUAUUACCUUUUUCUGAGAACAUAGCUGCAAUGACAUCUCAUCAAGACAAAAAACAGCCUAAAACCAUCCAUGUUCAAUGGGAUAAGACUGAGGAGAAGCCUCAGUCUGCCGUGAAACAGUUUCCAAAUGGUAAUUCUACCUCAAAAACUUCUAAAAUCUCAUUAACCAAUCAUAAGGCAACAAACAAAACUCAUGUCUGUAUCAAAGACCAACCACAAUCAGUUGUUCAUAAGGGUGUAAUUUCUACUAGUAACAUGUUCUUGAAUUGGGUUGCCUCAGGGGAAAGUGGUCCAGAUGUACUGAACCAUAAUAAAAAUGUUCAAGAGAAAAAGAAAGAAGGGAAAAAAUCACUUCCUGGUCAAGUACAAGACCUGCAAAAGAAUGAAACAGUUGCCCACACCUUCUGCAUCCCAGCAGUUUCUAACCAGGAGCAAUCAUGGAAGUACAGCUUGAGAGAAAAAAGGGCUUCAAGUGCUGGACAGAAGAUAUAUUUCCAGCAAAGAGAAGUAGAAAAUAGCAAAAUCAAAGAACAUUUACCAAAGGUUUUUCAAAGAUUUUCGAGAGAAAGACACUUGACAAGGAGCAGAUCCAGAGAGAGCAGUCCUUCCUGCAACUGUUCUUGGGAAAAUAUCCUUUCUCCUACUGCAAAGGUUAAAAAACCAUGUUCUUUCAGAAAAAAGAGGACAAUGUCUAGCCAACCCUUUCGGUUUGUAGAAGUUGGUUCACAUUCCAGUAGAAGACUCCAACGAUGCUUAAGUUCCAGGACACAAAGAUCCAAAUCGUGGUGUGUUGGACCCAGAAGGAGAUCAAUCAGCAGAGAAUCAAGUAAUCUCUCCCUGACAGGAAGUCACAAAAAUGAACAUUUCACUGAGAAUGUUUGCUGUGAGCCCUCAAGGGAAAAUAUGCAUGACCAUGAAUCAUACUACAGGAGGGUAUAUUUGACCCCCAUCCAUUAUGUCAACCUUUCUUCACCUGCUGGAAAGACACCCAACUGUCCCUCAAAAGAGGAAGGUGAUUCCCUGACUGGACAACGUGGGAGCAGUCUCACAUGCCUCCAGGUUGAGAAGCACAGGUCCCCAAGUAAACAUGAGAUAAAGCAACAAAACAUGUUCUGUCGAGCUAGAAGAGCUAGCGCAGUGAGGCACCAAAGAAACAAAGGGCAUUGCCCAGAUUCAAUCAUUACAGCUCCUUUAACUCCUACAGAUUGGACAGAGUUGGCAAAGGCUUGUCUUUCAAAAGGCCAGUUCCUUGAGUGGAAAUCUUUGGUUACAGAUAAUGCUCAGACACAGGCUAGACAAAAUAUCCAGAAUGGCCAUCCGGGAUGGACAGCUGACAUGCUCCUGGGGCUCGGCCCUCACAUGGCUGACCAAGUAAAUUUUCCUAUAGAGGUAUAUCAACAGGUUAAUAGCAUUCACUAUCGAGCAUGGAGAGAUGUCCCCAAUAAGGGGGAAGUAGCUGGCAACCUGACAAAAAUUAUACAAGGCUCAACAGAACCUUUUGCAGAUUUUGCUGCCAGAUUGAUGGAGGCUGCUGAGAAAACUAUAGGUACUGCAGAUCAUACCAUGCCCUUUGUGCUCCAAUUGAUAUAUGAGCAAAGCACAAAGGAAUGUCAGAGAGCUAUAAACCCAGUCAGAAAAAAGGGAAUUGAGGCCUGGAUCAAAGCAUGUCGCGAAAUUGGCGGGCCAUUGUCUAAUGCAGGCCUGGCCGCUGCAGUUCUUGCUGCCACAAAGUCUCAACAGACUCAAAAUUCAAAAGGAUGUUUUAAAUGUGGACAGCUUGGGCAUUUUAAGCGUCAGUGCCCUCAGGCCGGGGAAUCUGCCCCCCUAGUCAGGGAGGGACCAAAGCAGCGACCACCUGGUACUUGCCCAAGAUGUAAGAAGGGUAAUCAUUGGGCUAAUGAGUGUAGGUCAGUGAAAGAUAUUAAUGGUCUACCUAUACCUCCCCUUCAACGUGCUCAGGAGUCAAAAAACGGAAUGAGGGGCCCCCGUCCCCAGGGCCCACAAAUUUAUGGGGCACUCCAGGCGCCAGUCCCAACAUUGGGCCCGCCGCCGUCCUCCCACUCAGAAGAGCCACAUCAGGCUCCGCAGGGCUGGACCUCUGUGCCGCCUCCGGACUGGUCCUGA